UCUUGCUGAAAUUAUACCAUUUUCCGGCUCUCCUCUGCUCUUCUGAUUGGAGACUGGGACUGUAACUUCCCCGAUUCAUAUAUUUGCUCCGUGUUCUACCUGUCUUUCUCCGACCAAUUUCUCUGAUGAUGUUUCUAAGCUUACGGCAACUGUGCACCUCUAUAUCCAAAAGGCACAAACUUUCAUUUUAUGCGUUCUCACCUCUCGCUUCUCAUCCUCGAAUGACGAAUUCUUCAGUCUUUCUCCGCCCUUUGUCCUCCUUACCCUCUGCCAAUAACACUCAAUCGCCGCCGACAGAAGACAGUGAGCUUCAAAUCCCUCCAAUCCGAAGAACACGAACCCGAACACCGCUCGAGACCCAAUUUGAAACAUGGACGGAAAAUCUCAAACCCGGGUUCACCCCUACUGAUGUCGAUGCCGCCCUUCGUGCCCAAUCAGAUCCUGAUCUUGCGCUCGACAUCUUCCGCUGGACUGCGCAGCAGCGAAAUUACAAGCACAACCAUGUCACCUAUCUCACAAUGAUCAAAACCCUCAUCGAUGGUAGGCGAUACCGCCACGCAGAAACUCUAGUGGAAGAGGUACUAGCCGGCGCUUGUGAUGUGAGUGUUCCUCUAUACAAUUCCAUGAUUCGUUUCUGUUGCAAUCGUAAGUUCCUGUUUAACCGUGCUUUUGAUGUGUAUAAAAAAAUGUUGAAGUCGGAUGAUUGUAAGCCCACGCUUGAAACCUAUACGUUGUUGUUGAAUUCGCUGCUUAGAAGAUUUAACAAGUUAAAUGUUUGCUAUGUCUAUUUACAUGCUGUUAAGUCUCUGACAAAGCAAAUGAAGGCGUCUGGUGUGAUACCAGACACUUUUGUUUUGAAUAUGAUCAUUAAGGCUUAUGCAACAUGCCGAGAGGUUGAUGAGGCUAUUAGAGUUUUUCGCGAAAUGGGUUUGUAUGGAUGCUACCCAAAUGCAUAUUCGUAUAGUUAUAUAGUGAAGGGGUUGUGUGAGAAGGGGAGAGUAGGGCAGGGUUUAGGGUUUUAUAAAGAAAUGAAGGGUAAACUAUUGGUGCCCAGUGGGAGUACUUUCAUGAUUUUGAUUUGUAGUCUUGCAAUAGAAGGGAGGUUUGAGGAAGCAACUGAAGUGGUUUUUUAUAUGUUGGGGCAGUCAAAAACACCGGAUUUGUUGACAUACAAGACUCUUUUGGAAGGGUUGUGUAGGGAAGGGAAGAGUGAUGAAGCUUUUGAGCUACUUGAGGAAUGCAGAAAGAAGGAUAGAUUGAUGAGCCAGAAGACUUACAAAACUUUAUUGAAUUCGUUGCAUUUUCUCAAUCAAGAGUAGAUUUCAUGCUCACUUAGGUGAUUAUAUUCAAAUUUUUGGUAACUCUAUUUUCGUAAAACUGUAACAGAAAGCAAUGUGCUAAGAUGCUGUUAAAUCAGAGGCUAAAUGUAUAGAUUCAGCUGAACUAUCCAGGCAAUAUGAAUGCUAGACUCAGACUGUACUCUGAAUGUGCCACAAUCGCAGUUGUUGUUAAUGGUACUGUUCUGACAUGGGGGCUGGCAGUGUUGUAACGUGGUGCUACAUGGAGAUGGAGCUGUCACUAGUGUAAAAUGGGGUGGCUGCUUGGCUAUUGUAUCAGGCUAUCAAACUUUUAUGGUUUAGUUACACCACUCGCCUAACGUCAAGUUGAAGAUGCAUGUAAACUGCUUGUGGAUGUGGAUGGUAACAUUGUGAUCGGGCUUAUCAUUCUAGGACCAGGGUGUUUCUUUGUGUCCUUAGGAUAAUCUGAAAUAUUUGAGUGGAUGAUGAUCUGGGACCUGCUCUGGUUUAUCUGACCUAGCAAUCAUAUAUCUUGGAGCAUGAGUACUUGCAAUUAAUGAUAUUUCAGGAAGGUUUAGGUAUCAGAUUCUUAUUGUCAGUGAUGUUUCAGGAAGAUUUAAUUGGGUUAAAAAGUUUUGGUUGAGGGCAAAGUUUGUGCUGAAAUGAUCGUGGUCCAUGGAUACCAUUUGAAAGGGCGAGAGGAAAUAUUGAUCUACAUCUGCAUUUUAAUUUCUCAGUCAUCACCUAUGAUCUAUGUUUUCAUAAAGAUCGAGGAGAUGUGUUACGAGCAUUAACCGAACCAAUCACCGGACAGGCUGAUAUUAGCAUUACAGAAAUUUCAAUGAUGUCCAGAUGCUGACAGAUCUACGUUCUUUAGUUAUUAUGUAUUUUUGCAGACUAUUACCAAUAUUUGUGCUUAUUCCAUAUUCUUUGUAUGAUGGAUAAUGGUUGUAGUCAUUACAAUUCUAUCAUCAGUACUAUAAAGAUUUUCUCAUCUGCAAUGGUAAAGAAAGCGGAUUUCAGCAGUAGCAUUUCAUAAA